CGCCGAGGGCAGGACCGCAGCGGAGCUCCCCGGACGGACCCCCGGACCCGCCGCACCGAAAGCCGUUGUGGUGUGUCCGGCUCCUCCUUUGCACAGACCCCCGGGCCCCCCCGCUGCACGGACCCCCGCAUCCCGGUACAUCGAGACCCACUGUAGGGUGACCGGCUCCCGUUGCACGGACCCCAUCCCACCGAGAUCCGUUGUAGGGUGACCGGCACCCCUUGCAGGGACCCCCCCACCGAAGGCGGACUCCACUGCGCGGCCCCCCGGCCCCUAUUGCACCGAGCCCCCGCUCACACAGCGUUGCGGACCCCCCCGGCGCCCCAUCCAUCGCACGGACCGCCGGUGGGGCGGGCAUGGCAACCGGGAGCCGGCCCUGGGGGGCCCUGCUGCUGCUCCCGCUGCUGCUGCCGCCGGCGUGCGGGGCUGGCGGCGUGUGUGCGGGGGAAGGCGGCCGGUUGGAGCCCUUCGACGCCCUGUACGCCAGCGGGGUGGAGGCGUACUACGGCGGCGACUUCGCGGGGGCGGCGCGGUGCAUGGAGCGGGCGCUGAGCAGCCGGCGGGAGGUGCGGGCCGCCCGGUUGCGGUGUCGGCGGAGCUGCCGGGGACAGGUGCGGUUGGCGGCUCCGGGUCCGGGAGCCGGCGGUGAUUUGCCUUUCUUCGGCUCGGUGCUGCGGAGGGCCGGCUGCUUGCGGCGCUGCGAGGAACCGCGGUUGGGGGCCGCCUCCCGCCACCUCGCCUCCGAGGAGGUGGGGGCCGACUUCCAGCGCAGGGUGCCCUACAGCUACCUGCAGAGAGCCUACAUCCAGCUCAACAGACUGGAAGACGCAGCAAAUGCAGCUCACACCUUCUUCAUGGCCAACCCUGAGCACAUGGAGAUACAGCAGGACAUUGAGAACUACAAGACCACGGCAGGGAAGGUUGACUUGAUUGACCGGGAGGCCAAGCAGCACAUGGAGGACUACAGUGCCGGAGUAAGGCACUAUGACAAGGAGGAGUACGAGCUGGCCAUUGACUUCUUGGAACGUGCAUUGAAAGGUUACUACUCUGAGGAUGAAGAUUGCCAGCUUAUGUGCGAGGGACCGCAGAGAUUUGAGGAGCAUGAGUACCUGGAAAAUAAGGCUGGCCUCUAUGAAGCUAUUGCAGAUCACUACAUGCAGGUCCUGGCUUGCAAACACGACUGUGUCCGAGAACUUGCCACACGUUCAGGCCGUAUCUCACCCAUCGAAAAUUUCCUUCCCCUCCAUUACGACUACUUGCAGUUUGCCUAUUACAGAGUUGGUGACUAUGUAAAAGCCCUGGAGUGUGCUAAGUCAUACCUGCUCUUCCACCCUGAUGAUGAAGAUGUCCUGGAGAACGCAGGUUAUUACGAGGGCCUCUUGGAAGGUACGAUGGAUCCAGACACAAUCAAACCCAGAAAGGAGGCAAAAGCGCUGCUGCGGCGCCAUAAGCUGGAGUCUCACCUCUUGCAGGUGGCUGCGGCCGGCCUCGGAUACACCUACACCGAGCCGAACUACUGGAACAGGUACGGCGCCCGCCAGGAUGAGCACAGUGUCCCAUCAAGUAUUAGCAGUGAACCAGAGGAAGGGCCCCGGCUGUCCCUGGCAAAGAAACCCAUGCCAAAACCAGAUCGAGAGCUGAAGGAAGGGGGUCCACUACUCUACAGCGAUGUGAAGUUUGUCUACAACUCGCAGCAGCUGAACGGCACCCAGCGAGUACUACUGGAUAACGUCAUCUCAGAGGAGCAGUGCCGAGAGCUUCACAGGGUGGCCAAUGGGAUCAUGUUGGCUGGAGAUGGUUACAGGGGCAAAACUUCCCCCCACACCCCAAAUGAGAGAUUUGAAGGAGCCACUGUCCUCAAAGCCCUCAAGUAUGGCUACGAGGGCCGUGUCCCACUGAAGAGCGCCCGCCUUUUCUAUGACAUCAGCGAGAAGGCUCGAAGGAUUGUUGAGUCCUACUUCAUGCUGAACUCUACACUCUACUUCUCCUACACCCACCUGGUGUGCCGCACUGCCCUCUCCGGCCAGCAGGAGCGGAGAAAUGACCUCAGCCACCCCAUCCAUGCUGACAACUGCCUCUUGGACCCUGAGGCCAAUGAGUGCUGGAAAGAACCUCCUGCCUACACAUUUCGGGACUACAGUGCCCUCCUGUACAUGAACGCAGAUUUCGAAGGUGGCGAGUUCAUUUUCACCGAGAUGGAUGCCAAAACUGUGACUGCUUCCAUCAAGCCCAAGUGCGGGAGAAUGAUCAGCUUCUCGUCAGGUGGUGAGAACCCCCAUGGGGUGAAGGCAGUCACCAAAGGCCAGCGGUGCGCUGUGGCUCUUUGGUUCACCUUGGACCCACUUUACAGAGAGCUGGAGCGGAUCCAGGCAGAUGAAGUGAUCGCCAUGUUGGACCAGGAGCAUCUAGGACCCAGCGAAAUGAACAUCAACCCAAAGGAUGAGCUAUGAACUAGGCCAAAGACUUUUUCUAUUAAAUAUUUAUUUAAUAUUGUUAAUCUUAUUAGAACCCUUCUAUUUUUGUACAGAGCUGCUGUAUAAAUUAACAUAUGAUUGUGGAGUUUCAGGAGGGCUUCUUCUGUGUUUAGCACAGCUCUUGCUGGGACCCCUCAUCUCUGUGCCAGCCUCUCCUGCUGUGCCUGCCUCUGCCUCUGGGAUUCCCUGUCCUUCCCUAGCACUUCUCAGGACUUAUUAAGGCCCACUGUACCCCGUUGAAGAAUCCUUUUUUUUUCUUCCUAUGCCAGAAACAGCUGCUUCUCUUUAGCCUCUGCUAGAGAAAUGCCUCAGGUGUGAUAACAGACCAGUCUUCCUGCUUCUGCUAAGUGCUGGCUGAAGACCUGGAUAGUGCUGGAGGAGGAAACUGGAGCACAAGUCAGUUAUUUCCAUCUCACCAUUUGAAAUAUGCUUUUUAGGGAAAAAACAAAGCAAAAUCCAGGUCCUAGCAAAAUGCAUGCAAAGCUGGCAUUUGGGCAUUAAUUCUGAGCAGAGUUUCCAGAAAUCACUGUCUGGGCAGGGUCAUGAGCUGUGCACAGGUGACAAGGGGUUUGAUUUGCAGCUGACUCUUGUGAAAUAGGGUCUGUCACUCAUGUUCAGUCCCUGCUUUUUCUAAUGGCUUGGGAAGCACGAAAAAAAGUGCUUCACAGUGCAUCUUUGAGCCUCCAGCUCAAUGCUGCUGCUGGUAAAACUCAAGGUUAGAAGUCAUCCUUUCCAGGUCCAUGUUGGGAAGCAGCUGAAAGGCCCGGGGAUGUUGCAGUGCCAUAGUGUUGGAUGGUGCAGCUUUGUACGCUGGAUGUCCUGGCUGCUUCCUCCCAUCCUGACCCUGCAGGAGCAGUGGAUGUCAAUGGUGUGGUGGCGUCUAUUCGCUUAAAGUAUUUCUGACCCAGUCUGAGGGUGUUGCAUUGAAAGCACAUGCUGCUUGUCACAAGAGAUUUACUAUGCCAGGAACUGCUACUGAGCUAGUAAUUCAUCUUUUUUCCCACCAUUAAAUUAACUCCUGUGUGUGGGAUCAGAGCAGCCCCUACCUCAAUCAGAAGGAACACUGAAGUCAUAGAACCACCCACAUCCCAGUCAUAGAAACAGCUUUUAUUUUGACCCAACAGCUGCUUCAGCUGCUAGAAAGCAGUUCCUAAAAGGCAGAUUGCAACAAUCUUUACUGCUGAAUUUACUGCAAGGCUUCUGUCUCUCCAGAAAGCACUGCAGGGAUCUUGGCUGGAGUCUGGAUCCCUGAGAAGUUUUGUUCAGCUCCUGCUGUGCUGGCACUUUCUCAGUCCCUUUCUGCUCUUCUCUGACAGCUUUGGCAUUUCCAGGACUUAAAACUUGCAAUAGGGAAUUGUCUUUUUUUUUUUUCUUUCACCCAAAUCUUCCAGGCUUAACAGCACUCUCUUCUCAUCCAGUCACUGGCUGCAAAGGCCAUAGACAAGGAUGAUCCUUCUGCAGACACUUCCUCAAAACGUGAUUCUAGGCCAGAUAACUCAGUUCAUCUGGAAGGCAAAUGCCCAGACUGUGAAGAAGGCACCAUUACUGCCUAGAGAAUGAUGGGAGGCUCCCCAAAGAACUGCCCACAGGUCUCUGCUUUCAGAGACUCUUCCCUGCUUAAAUGCCUCCCCUGUAAAUGCUUAAAUCUCCUUUUUUACAAUAGCCAGAGGAAAAGCUGGGGGAAGAAGGGGAGGACAGCUGAAGAGCCAAAAUGCCAGUGUUGUUGCUCCCUGUCUGCACCAUGCUAUUGCAUCCAAGGCUUGACUCCUACAUGCUGCACCUGCAGUGUGAUUUUGUGUUGCCACCCGCCCUGACAAGCACACCUUCCCCAGCUCAUCCUGCAGAACGGGGCCCUCUCCAAGCUGCUCAGUGCAGCCCCUGCCCUCCCAGGGGCUGCGGGGAUCCCACCAGCUGGUCCCACCAGCUGGUCUUCCUGCGGGGAGGUAAGAAGCAGGACAUCGCAGGUCAUGGUUGGUUUGCUGCUGUGGUGGUUAGCCAGAGCUGUGUCUAAAUCCAGAGGAAAUAAACUAAACGUAACAACUGG